AGACCACUUCUUAUUGGAAAAUUCGUGCACACAUCGUUUCACUGCGCUUGUGAUUAACCGACAAAUUAAUUUAGACUUAAUUAAAUACAAUAAUUGCGAUUAGAAACGGUUUUUAAGCCAACGAGUCGAGGAGACAAAAUACAAAAAGUUCUGGCACGAUUACGAGUGGCACAAACGACCAGUAGCAGAGUGGGAGUGGCAAGUGGGACGUUGGUUGGCGGCGCGCAUUUCUUAUUGGGCAGCAUCUUGUGGUGAAUGUGGUGGCGCUGGUGCUGGCUGUGCCUGAAAAUGAUCUACAAACUAUUUUGCUGCACAAUUAGUCUGGUCUUCUUCUGCUUCAAUGUGCUGUGGUUCUUCUGCAAUUUGGCCAUUCCCUGGUGCACCCUGACCCUGGUGGCCAUUUGUGUGGCAUCAAAGUUCGUCAAGUUGCAGCGCAGCCCCAAUGAGAAGCGUUUGCUCAGUCUGCUGAACACACCGGACGAUUGGCCCAAUUACUGGCCCAUCGCGAAUCGAGGCGCCGGCUACGAUGCGCCCGAGAAUUCGCAGGCAGCUGUCAAAAAGUGUCUGGCACGUGGCUAUCGAAAUGUCCUGCUGGAUGCCGGCAUUACGGCCUGCGGCGAAAUAGUUAUUGCCAAUCGACUGACCUUGGAGCGAGCCGGCCUCACGGGCAACCUCUCGCAUCACACACUCCAUGAACUGCAACAGCUGAGCAUAACGGAGCAGCAUCCAAUGGGCUCGCAGUAUGAUCGGGAGUCGGUGUCCACGUUGAAGCAAUUGGCGGACUUUCUGGAGGAGCAGAACAUGCCGCCCACUUUGUUCCUUCAUUUGCAGGACACCAGCGCACUGAUGAUUGAUCAGCUGCAGAAGUUUAUGGCAGCGAAUGAGACGUUUACGCAACGAACCGUUGUGAUUAGUCGGUCGCCCUUGGCCAUUUACCAGCUGCGUAAAUUGAGGCCUGAAAUCAUUUGCGGCCUGUGGCACGAGAGCUAUUUGUCGCUGUCCAUACUCAAAUCGUCAACGCUUAUUACAUCAAUUUAUGGAGCAAUUUUGCGAAACAUAAUUGCGCCUGUAAUUGGCAUUAGUGUUGUAUUUCUCAACAAGGAAGAGUUCAAUUUGCACAUAGGCGAUCUGUGGCGCAAUGUGGGCGUACGUCCAAUUGUUUAUAUGGUGAAUUCGCCAAACGAGAAACGCUAUUUCCAGAAGACAAUGAAAACACAAUACCUCACGGACUCUCUGCGCUCCGAGCCGCAUCUCUUGAUGAAAGCCUAAAAAAAACAGAACGACGCAAACAAAAUUCGAAGUUGAGAGCAAAAAACAUGCGCGCACAAAGCACACACAAAUCAUUUGCAUUUAUGUUUAUUUUUAAAGAGUCUAUGCACAGUUUGUUUGUAAAUUAAUUGCUUAAUUUGUAUUGCGCCGAUCCACAAACUGCAGUUGAUUUUUUUUUUUUUGCUUUAUUGUUUUAUGCUUGAACAUGUUUUAAAGUAUUAUUCAGUGAAAUUGAAGCUAUAUUUUAUACUCUAUGUUUUUUAUAUAGUACAUACAUUUAUUUUAUGCUAAGUUCGUACGUACUACGUACUGUUCGUAGAUGCUAUUUGCGAUAAGAUUUUCACACGUCCUUUAUUAUUAUUUAUUAUUUUUAUUAUAUGUAAUAUUUAUUUAUCUCUAUUUCUUGUUAUAUAUAUAUAUAUUUUUUUUUUUUUUUGUAAUAUCAUUUUAUACUCUAUUAUACCUGCAUUUCCCAUGCUUUCUCAACUGGCAUAUAUUACAUCAACAUUUGUAAAAACAAGAAACUCUGCCACAAAAUGUUCUCAAGCAUAGGAUUUAUUUAUACGAUUUAUGCACUAACUAUACAAUAAAUGUAUAACCCUCUAUGGGCAGCUUUUAUACUCAAUUAUACUAAUAUUUUGUAGUCCCUUGUUAUUUAGAGCCCAAACAAAUAGAACUAUAGCUAUGCCUGUUGUAUUGGAGACACAAUCCGAAAUACUUAAUUGAGACAAGAAAAAAGUAACUUUGAUGUCUGAACGAAUUAGUUAUACGAUUAUACCAAAAAGCAAAACUAUUUUAUAAUGAUAUAAUGGAUCUAUUAUGUAUUUGCGUGAAGAAUACUUUUAAAAAUCAAAUAAACUCAAGUGAAAUUA